CCAUUUUCUCCAUUUAUUCAAACAGCAAAGACUUCAAAGCCUCAACCAACACAUUAUUAUUAAUUUUUUAUUUAUGUUUUUUCCUGCAAGAAUCAUUUUUUUUUCCUUUUAAUCUUCUUGGUUUCUGCAGCUUCUCUUUGAUCCCCACCAUCAGCCUUUAAUCCCUUUUGCAAAAGUGAUUUAUGAAAGACUGUAAUGUUAUUUUCCCUUUUCUUGAUCAGUUUAUUUUUUUAGUGACCAAAUUCAGGAAAAGAAGUGAUACUAUUUCACUACCAGCACUCAAGCUCUGUAAUAGUAAUUUUCUAGCUCUUGCAGAGAGUUAAAAAACUACCAAAAAUAAGAAAAACACACAUAUAAUAUGAUUUUUUUCCCCUAUGUUUUGUCUGCAUCAGUAGUACUAUAUGUGGGACUGAGGCCAAGGCAAAUAUAUUCUGCUUUUUUGUGUAAAGAUUGAUUUUUUAUUGAAAUGGGAGGUGAAUGAUUGAUGGUUCUUGACUUGGGAAGUCUGUAUUUUUUCCUUCUUCUUGGGAGAUAUGGAGCUGCUGCAGUUGAGCUUUGUGAUUCUCUGCACUUUCUUGUUUCAAGAAUCUACAGCAGGUCUUGAUUUCCCAUCAUCUAAAUGGGCUCUUGAUCUUAGUGUCUAUGGAGGCAGCAACCGAUUUCUAGUUCAACUAAACGUUCCUCAUCCCAAAAGCCUUCAUGCUCAACCACCUCUGCAUAAUCCAUCAAGUAGAGCAAUGCAGAUGCGCCUUCCGCGCCAUCUCCCAGCAUAGAAUCCUCGAGUUCAUUGCCAGUUUCAUCUCAUCACAAACACCAUUUAAGGAAAAAAGUCCAUCACAUUUCCCUUGCACCUCACCAAGGGCCGACUGCAUCUCCGGUAAGGUGGAGUUGGAAAGGGCCUCUUCCUUUGCCUGCAUUUCCAACAAUCAUUUAAAAGGGUCAUCCCAUUCGCCUACUGUUUCUCCAACGAGCUCCCCUGCAGUGAGCAACGUGAAAUCACUACCACCAUUACCAAGUAUGGCACUCCCACCUCCUCCUCCCAAUAAAGGAUGUGUAUCUGUCACGUGCACUGAGCCACUGACCUUCACACCACCCGGAGCAACGUGUGCCUGUGUUUGGCCUAUUCAAGUCAGGCUCCAAUUCAGCAUCUCUCUGUAUGCAUUUUUCCCAAUGGUGUCCGAGCUUGGUGAGCAAAUCGCUGAGGCUGUCGCGUUGAAUCAAUCCCAAGUUCGUAUAAUGGGAGCAGACGCAGCAGAUCCAGAGCUACAGAAAACAACUGUACUCAUCAAUUUGGUACCUUUAUCUGAGGCGUUCACAUCUGGUACCGCCUUCUCGAUUUACAAAAAGUUCUGGAGCAAAGAGCUCUCCAUCAACACUUCCACUUUUGGUGCUUAUGAUGUGCUCUAUGUUCACUAUCCAGGCCUACCUCCAUCACCGCCAGCAUGGCCAUCUACCUCUGCUACAGUCGAUGUGCAGCCUUAUCCUCGUGGAACGGAUGGAAAUGGCCCAAUAAAGCCUCUGGGAGUAGACGUGCCGAGGGGGAGGAAAAACAAGUCAGGCAAAAACAUGAUCAUUGUAAUUGUCCUGUCAUCUGUAACAGCUUUUGUAGUGUGUAUGGGAUUUAUGUUACUGAUUCUAUCAAAAUGGCGCAACUGCGUUUUCCAACGCGGACAAAGUUAUCAGCAAGAGCUAAUACCACAGGAUGGAAAGCAAUCAGGUGGUGGCCAACUAAUGCUGGCGUUGAGGAGCAGGCCGAGCUCAGCCUCAGUGUCGUUGAGCUCGAGCCUCAUUGCAUACACAGGGGCCUCUAAAGUCUUUAGCAUUGAGGAUUUGGAGAGGGCCACAGGUAACUUUGAUGGUUCAAGAAUUGUAGGGGAAGGAGGCUUUGGGCUUGUAUACGGCGGCACUCUUGACGAUGGCAGGAAAGUGGCUGUGAAAGUUCUCAAGAGGGACGACAAGCAAGGCGGCCGCGAGUUUCUUGCAGAAGUCGAGAUGCUUGGCAGGCUCCACCACAGAAACUUGGUGAAGCUGAUAGGCAUAUGCCCUGAUGAACACUCUAGAUACCUAGUCUACGAGCUAGUUCCCAACGGGAGCCUCGAGUCUCAUUUACACGGGGUAGAUAAGGAGAUUGCUCCUCUUGAUUGGGCAGCUAGGAUGAAAAUCGCCCUCGGUGCAGCAAGGGGUAUGGCCUAUUUGCACGAGGACUCGAGCCCACGUGUCAUACACCGAGACUUCAAGUCGAGUAACAUUUUGCUUGAGCAUGACUACACACCCAAAGUCUCUGAUUUUGGCUUGGCUAGAUCAGCCAUGGAUGAAGCAAACAAGCAUGUUUCAACUCAUGUGAUGGGAACUUUUGGCUACUUAGCUCCGGAAUACGCGAUGACGGGCCAUCUCCUUGUCAAGAGCGACGUCUACAGCUAUGGCGUGGUUCUCCUCGAGCUCCUAACCGGGAGAAAGCCAGUCGAUCUAUCUCAGCCUGCAGGGCAGGAGAAUCUAGUGGCUUGGGCCCGGCCUCUCCUUGCAACGAGCGAAGGCCUUGAAACGAUCAUCGAUCCAUCUCUAAAACCAGCUGUGAGGUUGGACAGUGUGGCCAGAGUUGCAGCCAUAGCAUCAAUGUGUGUCCAGCCUGAGGUCUCCCAUCGCCCCUUCAUGGGGGAGGUGGUCCAGGCUCUGAAGCUCGUAUGCAAUGAGCUCGAUGAAACGAAGGAGGUCGUGUCCAGAAGUGCCAGCCGAGAUGACCUCUCCAUUGAGGUGGAUGACCAAUGUGAGUUGAACGUAGGGGCAAAGGUGGAGCUGCCGGGUGUGGAUUUGUCGAGCGCAUCGGCUGCUGUUCGAGGCCGGGAAUCGGAGUCUUUUAGGAGGCAGUUUAACUCUGCUCCUUUGAAGAUGGAGAGGAAGAGGAGAUUUUGGGAGAGGCUGAGGAGAGUGUCAAGAGGGAGCAUGAGCGAGCAUGAGUAUUCAUUGCAACCAUAGCUUAUAAUGUUAAAUGUUUAUAAUGGACAAUAAAUAAACAAUCCAUGGUCUAAUCAAGGGUGAUUAAUCAA